AUUGGAAUGCCUACCGGGUCGUAAAAACAGUCGCCAAUCUCUCCUAUCGCGUUUAGAGCAUAUACACCAUACAUAGCGCCCGCCCGCUCCCUCUACACUACAACUCCAUCCAUCAUCGGUGGGGUAGUUGCGCACCACCAUGCGCCAAAAGGUCUUGACUUGCCUUGGACCUCCACUUAUAAAUAUCGGAAGGUCCUGCCGCAACAGCCGCAAUGCCUGUUCAAUCUCAACAUCUCCUCGACAAACAGCCCGCUUUGUCCAGAGACAGUUUCACUCUUCAGCCGCCACCAUGUCCUUCCCACCGGUUAUCAAGCUCAAUGAUGGCAACGAGAUUCCUGCACUCGGAUAUGGUCUCGGAACUGCCAACUUCAAGCGCGUUGAGGGGCCUCUAGACACUGAGCUGAUUGAAGUCACCAAAAAAGCAAUUGAUAUUGGCUACCGCCAUCUUGACGGUGCUGAGGUAUAUGGGAAUGAAGAGGAGUUCGGUGCUGCCAUCAAAGCAUCGGGAGUUCCUCGAGAGCAGCUCUUCAUCACCACCAAGAUUAGCGCUACAGACAAGAAGAAUACCGAAGAGGCCUUCUCUCUCUCGCUUAAGAAGCUCGGCCUAGAUUAUGUUGAUCUUUAUUUGAUCCAUGGUCCUUUCUUCGCUGACAACGACGAAGAAUUGCAGCAGAGGUGGGCUGAUCUGGAGGCCAUCAAGGCUUCUGGUCGAGCCAAGUCCAUUGGAGUUUCCAAUUUCCUCCAGGAGCAUCUCGAGGCCAUUCUUAAGACGGCCAAGGUAGUGCCUGCGAUUAACCAGAUCGAGUACCAUCCUUAUCUCCAACACGGCGACCUCGUUGCGUUCCACAAGAAGCAUAACAUUGCUGUUGCUGCUUACGCCCCCUUGCUACCGCUCACCACAGUCAAGGGUGGCCCAGCAGUGCCCGUCUAUACCAAGCUGGCCGAGAAAUACGGCGUUACAGACUCUGACGUCGGUCUGCGAUGGGUCCUUGAUCAAGGCCUUGUAGUAAUCACAACUAGCUCCAAGGAGUCACGACUCGCUGGCUACCUCGAGAGACUACUCAAGUUCAAGCUGACAGACGAGGAGGUGGCAGAGAUCUCUACCGAAGGAGACAAGUACCACUACCGAUCAUUUUGGAAGAACAAAUUUGCUGCUGAUGACAGAAGGUAAAUGGAGGAAGAUAUAGUAGAGCAUUAAGCAGCCUAUCUCUUUGAACAUGCCAGUAAAGUUAGACAUUGGCAGGAAUAAAACCUGACUACUUUU